UGCCGGCCUUCUUCUUCUUCUUCUUCAUUUUGUCUUAUUCAGCGGAGAAACUUAAAAGAAAUGCUGCCGGAGCUCAAACAUUGAAACAACCCUUGACGCUUGUAGAGCUCAGCACGCACAACUUGUUAUUGUUAUUAUCAUCCUUACCGUUGAGAACUCGUGGGGAAAUCAAUCAAAGACCGACGCACAGCGGUCCUUUUAUUAUAAUUUACGACACCCCGCCCCCCCUUCUAUCAAAAAAAAAAAGGUUGCUCAAGUCAAUGUUGUUAGGUGGCUUUCAUCUAAAACUUCGAUCUCCAGCAUUUCCAACAGAACUAAAUUGAAUUCUGAGAUUUGGAAGCCUUUUGUUCGUUGAGAGAUGGGUCAAAGGACGCAGCUGAUUCUGCUGCUGCUUUUCAUCCCAUAUUUCGUUAUGGAAAGUACAGCCGGUGAUGACUAUAAUGGCCUACUUUCUGUAAAGAAUGAUUUGAUGAACACACCACCAAAUUGGGUAGGUCCUGACCCUUGUGGUAGCAAAUGGGAUGGGAUUGUAUGCACCAAUUCACGUGUGACCACCUUACAAUUACUGAGCAUGAAUUUGUCAGGCAGGCUAUCUGGCGAAAUCGAGUUGUUGUCUGAGUUGCAGGCUUUGGACCUGUCUUACAACAAGUACUUAACAGGACCACUUCCACCUUCAAUUGGGAGUUUAAAGAAGCUAGUUAUCUUAAACCUGAUUGGUUGUGGGUUCUCUGGAUCUAUUCCAGACACAAUUGGAAAUCUACAGCAGCUAACCACUAUAUCUCUGAAUAAUAAUGGCUUUAGUGGACCAAUUCCAGCCUCUAUUGGUAAUCUUUCCAAUCUUAAUUGGCUGGACCUAGCUGUAAACCAGCUUAAUGGACCUAUACCAGUCUCUCCUGGUCUUGAUAACCUACUUCAUGCAAAGCACUUUCAUCUCGAUAACAACAAACUCUCAGGCGAAAUUUCACCUCAACUUUUCAGUUCAAAUAUGAUUCUGUUACACUUGAUUCUUAACGGCAAUAAUCUCAGUGGCAGUAUCCCUGAAACCAUUGGAAGUGUGCAGACUUUGGAGGUGAUACGCUUUGAUAGGAAUUCACUAAGUGGGACUCUGCCUUCGAACCUCAGCAAUCUUGUUAACGUUCAUGAGCUGUACUUGUCCAACAAUAAGUUCAUUGGUUCUAUUCCCAACCUUACUGGCAUGAGCCUCACCUAUGUGGAUAUGAGCAACAAUAGUUUCACUGCUUCCGAUAUGCCUCCAUGGUUUUCAACCUUAAAGUCUUUGACGACAUUAGUGAUGGAAAACACACAACUUCAAGGACCAGUUCCUAGUUCCAUUUUCAGCCUUCCCAAUUUACAGACUCUGACACUAAGGAACAACAAUCUCAGUGGUAGCUUAGAUAUUGGUACCAGCUAUAGCAGCAAACUGCAACUCGUUGAUUUGCAGAACAAUUCUAUUAGGCACAAAGUAGACUCAGCUGGCGGAUACAACAAGAACUUGAUACUUGUGGAUAACCCAAUUUGUAACACAUCAGAUACCACAGAGAGUUACUGUGCGGUUUCCCAAUCGAAUACUCCCCCAUACUCCACGCCACCAAAUAGCUGUCUGACUGCUCAAUGUAGUUCGAAUCAGAUUUCCAGCCCUAACUGUAAAUGUGCGUAUCCAUACAGCGGAACUCUAGUCUUCAGAGCUCCUUCCUUUUCAAACUUGGGGAACUUCAGUUACUACAUAGCACUUCAGAGUUCUCUCUUGCAAUGUUUUCAGAAUUUUAGUCUUCCUGUGGAUUCAGUUUCCCUGAGUAAUCCAAUCAAAGACUCAACUAUGAACCUUGACCUGAGCCUAGAUGUCUUCCCAUCUGGCCAAGAUAGUUUCAAUCGAACAGGAAUUUCUAUUAUUGGGUCUCUACUUAGUGGCCAGACUUUUAAGCCUCCGCCAGGUUUUGGACCCUACUAUUUUUUGGCUGAUCCAUAUGGAUACUAUGCAGGAAUAUCUACAGAAUCAAAAAAGUCUUUGAGCAUAGGAGUUAUAAUUGGAGCGGUAGCUGGUGGCACCAUCCUGCUGCUACUAUUACUCCUUGCUGGGGUUUAUGCUCUCCGUCAAAAGAGAAGAGCGGAAAGAGCUUCUGAGCAAUUAAAUCCUUUUGCACACUGGGAUCCAAAUAACGGCAGUGGUGGCAUUCCUCAGUUAAAAGGGGCUAGAUCAUUUUCUUUUGAAGAGCUGAAGAAGUACGCCAACAAGUUUUCUGAAGCAAAUUCUAUUGGAUCUGGAGGAUAUGGAAAGGUUUAUCGGGGGAUUCUUCCCGAUGGUCAACUGAUUGCCAUCAAACGAGCUCAGACAGAAUCUCUGCAGGGUGGGGUUGAGUUCAAAACUGAGAUUGAACUUCUAUCUAGGGUUCAUCAUAAGAAUCUUGUCAGUCUUGUUGGUUUUUGUUUCGAUCAGGGUGAACAGAUGCUGGUAUAUGAGUACGUUCCAAAUGGUACUCUUAUGGAUGGCCUUUCAGGGAAGUCAGGAAUCCGGUUGGAUUGGAUAAGAAGACUAAAAGUUGCCCUUGGUGCAGCCAGAGGUCUGGCGUAUCUUCAUGAACUUGCCAACCCACCUAUUAUACACAGGGACAUCAAAUCAACCAACAUUUUGCUGGAUGAGCGCUUAAAUGCAAAAGUUGCUGAUUUUGGUCUUUCUAAGCUUAUGGGUGAUGCUGAAAUUGGCCAUGUCACUACUCAAGUUAAAGGGACAAUGGGCUACUUGGAUCCUGAAUAUUACAUGACCCAACAGUUGACUGAAAAGAGUGAUGUAUAUAGCUUUGGAGUGGUACUGCUGGAGCUGAUAACUGCAAGAAUGCCAAUUCAACGGGGGAAGUAUAUUGUCAGGGUGGUACAGACAGCAAUGGAUAGAACGAAAGUAUUAUACAACCUCCAUGAGAUUCUUGACCCAGCCAUUGGUUUGCAGACAUCACUGAAAGGAUUAGAGAAGUUCGUGGACCUGGCAAUGCGUUGUGUUGAAGAAUCAGGAGCGAAGAGGCCUGCAAUGGGUAUGGUGGUGAAAGAGAUUGAGAACAUUAUGGAGCUCGCUGGUUUGAACCCCAAUGCUGAAUCUGCAACCACUUCAGACAGUUACGACGUAAAGAAGGAGAAUGCCCACCAUCCUUAUAGCCAUCCUUACAGCAAUGAGGGCUUUGAGUACAGUGGGGUUUAUCCAACUUCAAAGAUAGAACCUCAUUGAUUAUCCUUUUGCAUUUUCAUGUGGAGCUUGGUACUGCUAGUUUGUAUUGGAUUGAAGAUGUUGUGAUGCUUGUUUCAGAUGACAAAGAACCAGAAUCACAAUUGAAAUGCGUUGUAUUAUUGUCUCUCUUUUUUUUAAUGUAUUGUGGUGGAAA